AUGGAUCCACCACCAACAGAAAAUUUGUCUAUUAAAUUACUUCCAGUCCAUUAUUCUUUACGUUUUGUUUGGCAAAUUAUACAAAAAGCUCUUCACUGUGUUAAAAACGGCCAUGAAAAUAUUUUGGAGACGGCAAAUAAAUUUUGGGGGGAUUAUUUGAGAAAAGUCUAUUCUUUUUUGACAACAUCAGUUCCGGCUCAACAACUUUUUUGUAGAAUAUUGGUACGGAGAAGAGGUUUUCAUAUUGCUCGUAAUAUUAGGUGA